GAUUUAGGUGCGCCAGCAUCAGCAAAAACGGGCGUCCGGAACGAGCGCUUCAUAGCGACACACUGCGAGCGAGUGACAGCACACGCGCACUGGAGUCUCACGAGCUUUCUCUUGCGCGCAGACAACAAACCCGGCACAUCAGUGCGUCUCAACAUCUCAACAGAGUCUGAAUGGAAAAAUUCUGUCGGCUGAAACAAGCGACAGCACGCGCUCUCCGCGUUUUCUCCGAAGUAUACGAGUGUUAGCUUUGCUUAAAAAAGCGUUUCCGAAUAGAGUUUGUUUAGAUUUUACUUUUCAUUUCGACACCUGUAUGACUGAUGCACAGAAUGGACUCGAACAACAACACCGGAGGAGUAAUCUCUUACAUCGGAUCAUGUGGAGGCUCCCCUAACCGCAUCAGCCCGGUAUCCAUGUUCAGCGAGAAUUCCAACAGCAGUCUGCAGUCACUGACACAGCCAUGCUUGGGGUCAUCUUUCCCACCUUCCCCUAAUGGUUCCCAUGAUUCUUCACGUAUGUACACCAGCAGCAGUAGCUCCAGCAGUUCAGCAUGUGGUGAAGAUGGGAGCUCAUCGAGCUCAGGAGGAUCCCCAAGGGGGCGUGAUGAAAGCAGCAUCACAUACAACUCACCAAACAAAUCAGUUGCUACUCUUACAAAGCUAAAUGGAAUGGUGUUACUCUGCAAAGUCUGUGGAGAUGUGGCAUCAGGCUUUCAUUAUGGUGUUCAUGCCUGUGAAGGCUGCAAGGGGUUCUUCCGCCGGAGCAUCCAGCAGAACAUCCAGUAUAAAAAGUGCCUGAAGAAUGAAACCUGUACUAUUAUGAGGAUUAACCGAAACCGGUGUCAGCAGUGUCGUUUCAAGAAGUGUUUGUCUGUUGGCAUGUCUCGUGAUGCUGUCCGUUUUGGUCGCAUCCCAAAACGUGAAAAACAGCGCAUGCUAGCUGAGAUGCAGAGCGCCAUGAAUAACAUGGUGAACAACCAGCUGCAGAAUGAAUUCCAACUGGCUACUCUCAAAACCAGCACCUCAUUCUCUUCAUCAUCCUCAUCUUCUUCAUCUCCCUGCCCAGGCCUGACAGUGGCUUCUCAGCCUCAGCCUUCUGCUGUGCCUGUAGCUCCCUCCCCCUCUCCCCCAGCUCCAGGAUCGCCUUCUACUCAAAUUGCGCAGAGCCCUCCUCGGAUUGCCGCCUCUCCACCACUGUGCCCUAGUCCUGGCCUGGACAGCACUAUCACCGCCAUUACCAAAGCUCAUCGUGAGACCUUUGUCUAUGCUCAUGAUAAGCUAAGCACAGCACUACAGCCCCAAAAUGGGGUUGAUCUGGAUGGCUACAACAGUAAUUGCUUUGCUUCUGGCUAUAACAUGAAUAGCCACAAUUCAGUAUAUCAAUCUAAUGCAAGUCUACAGUGCAAUGGUUUCCAACCUGAUAACAAACAACACCUUCAAUCCUCACCAGUAUCCAAUCAGCAGCAUCAGAGGCUGCCACAACUAAACAAUGGCCAACAAAUUAGCUGGUAUGGGGCUCAGCAAGGUACAGGGAACAGCAACGACAUCCCGGUGCAAAACUGCCCAUGGAAGAAGAACCGCAAGGACAUUCUGCUGGCUUGUCCAAUGAACAUGCACCCUCAGACAGAUCCAAACAAGACACCGCAAGAGAUUUGGGAGGAUUUCUCGCUGAGCUUCACACCAGCUGUACGGGAGGUGGUGGAAUUUGCCAAGCAUAUCCCAGGUUUCAGCUCUCUGUCCCAAAACGAUCAGAUCACCUUGCUGAAAGCAGGUACCUUUGAGGUGCUGAUGGUACGUUUUGCAUCAUUGUUCAAUGUCAAGGAGAAGACUGUCACAUUUAUUUCUGGCACCACCUACAGCCUUGAAGCACUGAAGAACAUGGGAAUGGGAGCCCUGUUGGGAACAAUGUUCGACUUCAGUGAGAAACUCAGUGCACUAGAACUCUCUGCAGAGGAACUGGGUCUUUUUACUGCUGUGGUGCUGGUUUCUACAGAUCGCUCUGGUCUAGAAAAUGUGAAGUCUGUGGAGAUGCUCCAAGACAGCCUGAUUAAAGCCCUUCGUACAUUAGUCAGCAAGAACGCCCCUGGUGACGUCUCUCGUUUCACCAAGCUGCUGCUCAAACUGCCAGAUCUGCGCACACUUAACAACAUGCACUCUGAAAAGCUUCUCUCUUUCCGUAUCGAUGCAUGAGAAGCCUUUGGUAGCUGUUACUACAAGCCAGCAAGGUCUAUGGGAGUGGUUUCCAAUGGAGGGUUUAAUUGACGGCUUUAAAUUUACCAUUGUUGCUCCACCAGCAAAUGCUUGGCUCUGAUGGUGCUCAAAGACUUGAACAAUGUUAACAGGUGUGAAAUGAUGCAGUAAAUGUAUCAGAAUGGUGACAUGGCCAUAUUUUUAAGUUUCUGUGCAUCACAUCAAAUUAAAAUUCAGGUACUGUAACUAAUGAACUUAAUAAGGACAUAAUAUGGCAUGGACUCAAAGGUCCCAGUUUACAUCUAAUAUGAAAUUGGGUGGUAGCAUUGUCACAUCACAGCCGGUUUGAUUCAGAACUCAGUUUACUGUCCGUGUGAAGUUUUGCAUGUCCAUGUAGGUUUCCUCCUACCUCCCAAAAACAUGCUGACAGGAUAAUUCACUCUUCAAAAUUCACUCUAAGCGUGAAUGUGUGUAAAUGGUGCCCUUGGAUAGAUGGACAUCCCAUCCAAGGUGUGUUCCUGCCUCAUGUUCAGCAUUCCCAGGAUGGGCUCCUGAUCCUCUGCAACCUUGACCAAGAUAAAGUAGUUACUGAAGAUGAAGGAAUUAACAUGCAAUCUGUAUUCCAUUACAUUCUUGCUUUUAUCUCUGUUUAAUAUAUAUAGCAGGGUGUUCGUAUUGUACAGUCCCUACUUACAGACAGGUUCUUAGCAGUUUUUUAAAUACUACUGAUGGAUCAUGACACUUUUCUUCCUAAUACCAGCCUGAUGCCUGAGGACUGUAAGCUGGGACAAAGGAGAAUAGAGGCAGAACAGAACAAUACUGUGUUAGUGCAGUGUGAAUUGAGUUCUGCAAAGAGGCUUCAAGACACAUCACAUCCCAUGUUAAAAAAAUGAACCAGAUCAUAGAAAAAACAAGUCAUGCAAGGGACCUCAUCCCACCACUGCUUGUCACUUUGUAAAAAUGUGUAAAUAUAAAUCUAUACUUAUUCAAAAUGUUCCAAAAUGUAUAUAUUGUACACAUAGAUAUAUUUUUUGUAAAGUGUAACUGCUCAAUACAAAGUUAUAUAUAUAUA